CCGCCGCCGCUGCUGCUGGGGCACCCGUGGGCAGCGGGCACGCCCGCGCCGUCAGCGCCCGGGGCUCGGCAGGACGGCACUCCGGGCGCGGGCCGCGUGAAGCGCGGCUGGGUGUGGAACCAGUUCUUCGUGGUGGAGGAGUACACGGGCACGGAGCCCCUGUACGUGGGCAAGAUCCACUCGGACUCAGAUGAGGGUGACGGGGCCAUCAAGUACACCAUCUCGGGCGAGGGUGCAGGGACCAUCUUCCUGAUCGACGAGCUGACAGGCGACAUCCAUGCCAUGGAGCGCCUAGACCGUGAGCAGAAAACCUUCUACACGUUGCGGGCCCAGGCUCGGGAUCGUGCCACCAACCGCCUGCUGGAGCCUGAGUCAGAGUUCAUCAUCAAGGUGCAGGACAUCAACGACAGUGAGCCCCGCUUCUUGCACGGCCCCUACAUUGGCAGCGUGGCUGAGCUCUCGCCCACAGGCACGUCGGUGAUGCAGGUGAUGGCUUCGGAUGCUGAUGACCCCACAUACGGCAGCAGCGCUCGGCUGGUGUACAGCGUCCUGGAUGGCGAGCACCACUUCACGGUGGACCCCAAGACCGGUGUGAUCCGGACAGCUGUGCCUGACCUUGACCGCGAGAGCCAGGAGCGCUAUGAGGUGGUGAUCCAGGCCAUGGAUAUGGCGGGUCAGCUGGGCGGCCUCUCGGGCUCCACUACUGUCACCAUCGUGGUCACCGAUGUCAAUGACAACCCGCCCCGUUUCCCACAGAAGAUGUACCAGUUCAGUAUCCGGGAGUCAGCCCCCAUUGGCACAGCUGUGGGACGUGUGAAGGCUGAAGACUCCGAUGUGGGUGAGAACACGGACAUGACUUACCACCUUAAGGAGGAGAGUGGCAGUGGUGGUGAUGCGUUCAAGGUCACUACGGACAGCGACACUCAGGAGGCCAUCAUUGUAGUGCAGAAGGCCUUUGUCCUCAGCGCAGCCCGGCCGCGCCCCCACCCGCGUUAUCAGCGGCGGGAAGCGGCGGCCGGCGCUGGCGGGGCCUCUCUGGGCCGCCGCCGCCCGAGACAUGUGUUGGACACGGGCCUUUCAGGCCUGGAGCCGCCGCACAAAGGCCCGGGAAGAAGGCGGAACAAAGGGCUUUUUCACGCGGCAACUGAAAAGCGACAGAUUAGCUCGCUCGUGCUGCGCAGGCGGGGAGGAGCCGGCGGCUGUGCCCACAGACCCCCUCGGCACGGCGCCCGCUCAGCCCGCGUCCCCGGCCUGGACCCCCAUCCCUGGCGGCCGGAUAGCCCCCUAGGCCACAAAGGUGGUCCUUCUCUUGGGGUGAGGCGGGGGGACAUGGGUACGGGCUCCAUCUGGCACCGGGGCACUUUCAAUCAGCCCUGCCCUGCUCCCCUCAGAUAUGCCAUUGACCGCGAAUCGGAUUUGGACCAGAUCUUCGAUAUCGAUGCGGACACAGGCGCCAUCGUGACCGGCAAGGGGCUGGACCGUGAGACAGCCGGCUGGCACAACAUCACGGUGCUGGCCAUGGAGGCAGACAAUCAUGCCCAGCUAUCCCGGGCAUCCCUAAGGAUCCGAAUCCUGGAUGUGAACGACAAUCCCCCAGAAUUGGCCACGCCCUACGAGGCAGCUAUCUGUGAGGAUGCCAAACCAGGCCAGCUCAUCCAGACCAUCAGUGUGGUGGACAGAGAUGAGCCCCAAGGCGGGCACCGCUUCUAUUUCCGCCUGGUGCCUGAAGCCCCCAGCAACCCUCAUUUCUCUCUGCUUGACAUCCAAGACAACACAGCUGCAGUGCACACGCAACACGUGGGCUUCAACCGACAGGAGCAGGACGUGUUCUUCCUGCCCAUCCUAGUAGUGGACAGCGGGCCACCCACGCUGAGCAGCACGGGCACACUCACGAUCCGCAUCUGCGGCUGCGACAGCUCCGGCGCCAUCCAGUCCUGCAACACCACCGCCUUUGUCAUGGCCGCCUCCCUCAGCCCCGGUGCCCUCAUAGCCCUCUUGGUCUGUGUCCUCAUCCUGGUCGUGCUGGUGCUGCUGAUCCUCACCCUCAGGCGCCACCAUAAGAGCCACCUGAGCCCGGACGAGGAUGAGGACAUGAGGGACAACGUCAUCAAAUACAAUGACGAGGGCGGCGGCGAGCAGGACACCGAAGCCUACGACAUGACGGCGCUGCGGAGUCUCUACGACUUCGGCGAACUCAAGGGCGGCGACGGGGGCGGCGGCGAGGGGGGUGCAGCUUUGGGGCCCAAGGUGCAGAAUUUUGACAAACGUCAUUAA